CGCGGGGCGGGCGCUGCGGGUCCAGGCCGGGGCCUGACGGGGCGUUCGGGACAACCUGCCCAGGGAGUCGCCAACACCCGCGGUGUGCUGCGUGAUUCAGAGGGAAGAUGCACAGCCAGGCCGGAACAGCUGGAUAUAAACCCCUCCCGUGUCGACAGCCUGGUUUAUGCCACGGCCAACAUCCGUCUUUUUUGAUGCUUGGUUGAUAAAACAGGAAAGGCAUUGUAGUGGUUAUGUUACAUACAUGCAGAAUUACCUGUGUUAAAAUAGUUCACAUGUUCUUGUACGUACAGAUUCACAGAAUAUUUUGAGGUGGAAGGGACCCACGGGCAUCAUCAAGUCCAGCUCUUAAUGAACAGCCCACAUGGGGAUGGAACCCGUGACCUUGACCUUAUUUGAACCGUGCUCCAACCAACGGUCCACGACACUCCAGAAGAGGGAGAUGCAGAAGUCAUCAACCUUUAAUCUAUGGUUCCAGUUUUUUCAUGCAUCUGUGGGUGAUUUAAAAAGGAGUGGGGUGUCUGUAACUUCACAACAAUGUGCCUUCACAAAACCAUUUUAAAUACUAACCAUUAAUAAAGCUAAAAUUAAAAAAAAAAAUAUUAAUUGUAUAAACACUUAGCAUCAGUCUCAGUACACUGUGAGGAAGGAAGUAGGGAACUACAGGUAUCCCACCUGGCUGUCAGAGAUUUUUAGGAAGAGUUUGAUAUGUUUGGCUUUCAGUUCAAAGACUUCAUUUAGGUUAAAAGGAGAAAUCCAUGUAAUUCCUUCUCAAUGGAAAGUUAAAUUUUUUCUAGCUGAUUUUGAGCUAUUAGUAAUAGAUGGAAUGACAAACUGAAUAGACAGGCAUCAAGACAGUUAUGAAGACAGAAAUGAUUAAUUUAAAACCCAAUAGAUUCUAUCAAUGCAUGCUGCCUGCACUCUUAUCAACUUGCAAGGGCAAGAGUCUGACAACAGAAUUUGACCAAGCCCACUUUUAAUUUGGUUCAGGUAAUACUAGAACUGUGAAUUGCAAGGAAGUACUUUAGUCUAAUUAAAUGCUUUCCCCCAAAAUCUCUUCUGAGCCCAAAAGCCCUUGCUCUUGAACACUCUCUUCACAUACAUUCUCUUUCACUGGCUAUAUGUGCCCAGUCCUAUCAUUCAUGUGGACAUUAAUUCCUACAUUUGAUCCAGGAAUCAGUGAAUUUGGAGUAAACAGAGUUAGUGUUUUAUUUGAAGAUUUACAGAAAUGCAGAAGGUUGAAAUAAAAAACAGCAUCAGGUUCUGUGGUCGAGUAAUCAUCAUGAAACCCCUACCUUUCCAUGUGCUAACAUUACAAUAUGCUAUAAAGUAAGUCAAAGGAAUUGCACAUGAAGUAUCAGUAGCAUUAUGUGAAAAUGGAUCUUUAUGAACUUAUUACCUUCAUAAUCUGCUGCAAAGAGCAUCUGGAGAGUCUCUCUUUUCUACCUUUUUUUUUGUUUAUGAUAUAUGGUACAGUUUCUCAGUGUGGCCCUGUAGCUGUAAAACCCUAUGCUUCUAGGCAAAACCCUUAAAACACAGAUUUGAUCCAGCACACAAUAUAUACCUUUGGUACAUUUUCCCUUACAAGGAAACUUGGAAGUGACUGUAGCCACUGUAAAACUCUGGCCAAAUAAAAGAGCAAAUAACCUUACGUAACUUUAAAAAUAGAAAACCAAUCAAAUACAACUUACCUCCUUAUCCUUUCCAGAAGGCAGGGUUUUCUUCCAGAUCCAACAACGAGUUUGCAUAUACUCCAGUUCCACAAUGGUCUCAAGUCCUGAAGGGGCAAUUGCCAAUUUGCUUCCAUUUAGUGUUUAUGUUGCUACUGCGGGCAAUAAAUUUAAAACAAAAUGUGAAGCACUGCAUUUCCACCCAUGGUCAUACUUUCCUUUAUCCACUGAGGAACUUCCACACUAUGCCCCUUCACAUGUAAAAAUCUCCAGUUAAUUACCAGCUGCUCAGAGUUGGGAAGAACUUAAACCACUGCCAAGUUUCACAGUCCAUAUAUCUUAAAUGUGUAUUAAGAGCAGAAUUUUGUGUUUCAGUCAUCCAUCAGGGAUCCUAUGACUGGUCUCUAAACUGAAUAGAAAUGGAGUGAGGGAAAGACACACAGACCUGUUGUAAAAGCUCUAAUCAUGUGGGAAUUGAAUUUGUACCUCACUAGAUACCUGCAUAUUCAUGUCUGAGAAGAAUCUUCAGUGAGGAAUUAAUCCUGUAGGGUGUAGUAAAGUGUGAGCUAUGACUAAAGCACUUCUGGUGGGUAGAUUAUGUAGAACGACUUCUCCCUCUGUGGAUUCUCUGAUGUCCAACAAGACCUGAGCUCAUGCUGUACCUUUUCCUGAAAUUAUAGGAUUCAGAACUUAUCUUUCUCUAAUCACACCCUUUUUGCACAGGCUUAAUGAAAAAUCCAUUUCUUAAUGCCUCUUGCUCUCUGUCAAAUUUGACUGCAAUUAGUAAACUGAAACACAAAUAUACAGAGGAGGAGUGUGUAAGCCUGGCUUCCUUGGGAAACUAGUGAAAACCAACACAAAAACGCCCGUGUUCAUUUCCCAAAAGGUGCAGCUCAAAAGGCAGUUUGCUUGUGUGGGUUGGUUUUGCUUCAAGCUUCUAUGCCAAGUACAUGCUGUACUAAGCUUGAAUAGUCAUGAUAAUUCACAUGGUUAAAUCUGAGGUCCAAAACCUAUUGCAUUGAAUAUGUGUAUAUACAUGUAUUGAGUGAAACCGUGUAGAUUGUUCUGGUCUCACAAUGCAGAAAUACAUGAAGGAACAUUUUUUUCAGACUUCUGAGGCAAAACCAAGCCAGCUUCAAGGCGGAAAGAAGCAUGAAAAGCUCCAGCUUCAUUAAGUGAAUGUUUCAGAGUGAGAAAGACUGGAAGUUACACUUAAACUACAUUGCAACGUUUGAUAAAAAUGGCCACGUUUAAGUAGCAACUGGCUUGAAUAGCUCGUAAUGAACAUCAUCAUUGGUGAAUGCAAUGGCAGAGGGCAAGGUUGAAGAUGUCCAGAGCGUUCUACGACUUAAUGUGCGAGGAUGUUUAUACACAGCCAGGCGGGAGUCUUUGUGCCGCUUUAAGGACUCAAUGCUGGCUUCUAUGUUUAGUGGACGCUUUCCUCUAAAAGUGGAUGAAUCAGGAGCAUGUCUAAUUGAUCGAGAUGGAAGCCUGUUUAAGUAUCUUUUGGAUUAUCUUCACGGAGAAGUUCGGAUUCCUGGAGAUGAACAAAUUCGAAUUGCACUGCAGGAAGAAGCAGAUUACUUUGGAAUCCCUUAUCCAUACAGCCUGUCUGACCAUUUGGCCAAUGAAAUGGAGACAUAUUCUUCAAGGUCAAAUAUAGAGCUUAAAAAGGCUUUGUUAGAUUUCUGUGAUUCUUACGAUUUAGUUUGUACCAAGCCUACAGUGUGGGUCCUGCACUAUCUCAGCACAUCUGGAGCAAGCUGUGAAAGUACAAUUAUUGGUGUGUAUGCCACAAGAGCUGAUGGGACCGAUGCAAUUAAUAAGGCACUAGGAACAAAAAUUCAUAGUAAAAGCAUGUACAAAAGAGAAGCUGGAAAUAAUGUCCAGUACAUCUGGAGCUAUUACUCAGUUGCUGAACUGAAAAAGAUGAUGGAUGCUUUCGAUGCCUGGGAAGGGAGAGGUGUCAGCUACUGGAGAGUGCCCCAGGAGCUGAUUGAAUGUUGGACUCUUGAAGAACGCCCUCUGAAAGGCAGUUUGCAUCAUAUGCCACCAGUUUAUAAAAGACGACUAAUCGACUAUACUGAAGAGGAAGACUGUUUGCCAUCUAAAGUGGGUCCCAAGCCAAUCAGGUUCUCAGGUCCCUCAACAAGUACCCACAUCAAAGUCAAGAAUUCAGCUUCACUAAAGGUAGCUGCUUGCAGUACUUCACGUUCUGCAGCACCUCUUAAACGACCCAACAGUGAAAGGCUGACACUGCACAGGGAAGCUUCUGAAACCACAUCCACAACAUGCUCACUGGUGCCCAGCAAUUCCCAGGCGCCCUGUGGAAGGCAGGGUGCUGGCAAUGGGACACCAAGCCAAAUGGCAUUCAAGGUUGCAGGGACUAAGAAGCCUGUAAACAACCGUGUAGUGAAGCUGAAACGAACUCCACUUUUUCUUGUGACACCAUCUCAGCCGCCGCCUUCUGCAUCCAGUAAAACAAGUGAACAGGACAGUGCUGCUGGUCAAACUCCUACUACUUCUGUGGUACUGAACAAGAAAGAACCAGCUGUAUUAGCAGAAAGUAUUACACUUAAGAAUGAUAAAGUGGAUGGAUAAUGUUUGACUCAGCCUGAUAGACCAGACAGCUUUGCAUCAUCUCGUGUGGUCAUUUAUCAAAGAUUAGGUGUAAAAUGGUGAUGAAAUUCAUGAAAAGCAUAGGAAGAAAUUGUUUUAAGUAAACACUGAAGUGUGUUUUCUGCUUUAUUUCUAAAUAUUUUUACAUGUUGGGAAGGGAGGAAGAAAAAUGGAUUAAAAAAAGAAAAAAAACAAACAUGGAGCACGUGCAGUUUAAUGUUCCAGAAUCUCACAUUCUGUUGGGCUAUACUUUAAAGGGAGUACUUGCACAGCAUAAAAGAAGACCACUUUAUCAACUUUAACUAUUGUUAAAAAUAACUAGAGUUAACCUUAAUUUGUACCUUUAAAAGUGGGAGAAAAUACAUAAAAACAAGUAGCUUUUCUUAGAUACAAGUUUGCCACAAGUGUGCAACAUACAUGUGCAACAUACUGUGAAGACUCCAGAAGUUCAAUGCACUUCUUGGUACUUCUGGUGAGGGUAAAUCACCCUUUUUUGUUAUUAAUAGCAAUGAAAGGGACCCCCUUUCCUUGUACUCAGUGAGGAAAUUCAGAAAUACAGGAAAGGAAGAAGUGUGCCUUGGGAGUGACAAGGCCAUUUUUUUCCCAGAGACACACAUGUACUACUUUGGUACCGGGGUGUGAUCUGCCACUGGGGAAGGCGGCUGCAGCCUUGGUGUGUUGUGUCACACACUGUGGGCUGGGUUUUCUGAAGCUGCAGGAACCUCACGGGUCUGACUUACAGUGGCCUUCCCAUGUCCUUCUGCAGGUCCUUUCAAAUUAGGAGGGGACAAACUCAGCUUCUGUGCAGCAAAGCACAGAAAUUGAGGUUGGAGGUGCCCUGGGUUUUGCCCCCCACCUUCCCCCCGAGCAGGCUGGAGGAGACAUUCUUGUGCCAGGGCAAAUGCUGAGGAAUGAUACUGAAAUGAAGAGCUACUGUAUGUUUCUAUCAGGAGAGGAAAGGUGUAUUUGGAUCACUGAUUUUAAAGAGCCCUUUUGGUGGUUUAAACCAGUGGACAAAACCUGGCUUUGUUUUGUACCCUUGCUUACAGUUGGCUGCUGGGUUUUGUCGCUGGUUUUACGAGUGCUUUUGCUCUUCCAGCGCAGUAAAUACAGCUGUCUCUAAACACUGAGCAUUGCCAAAAUGCAACGUUCUUAACAUUCCUGAGACUAUUAGAAUUACAGAAGGAUUCUUUAAAUGUGUUAUUUUCUAGAUCAUUUAGAAGCCGUCAUAUUUUCAAGCUUUACUCCUAACCAAAAGGAAUUGACACAUCAUCUGCACAAAUAAAACCCCCAAUUUUUCAUGUACUAACAUGUUUUUAAGGAGACAUUUUGUCAUGAACAGUAGCCAUUGUAAAAGUGUGCAGUACUGUUAUUCUCUGCUGUUGGUAUGUAUAUGAAAGACCAGCUGACCUUUAGAAUCUGUAAGCUAGAGGUUUUUCUUAAUAAACCUAAAGAUCACAAUACUGAGGCUCUUCCUAACUGAACAAAAAAAAGUUUCACUGAACAAAGGAAAAAUCAAAAAUUAUGGAAAUAUAUAACAUAACGUAAACUACUAUUCUUUGAACAUGCAAUUCAUUAUUUGAGACUAAGUCAGUGAAAUUUGUUUUUUCUAGUAAUCUGGUUGAAAGGCAGUUUUUAAUACUUAUCUUCUGUGUGAAUAGCUGAGCACUUUACCAUACACUUUUAAAUCUUUUGACAAAGCUUCCUAAAGCUUAUUUCUUUCUUCUUCAACUUUUGACAAAUUUAGAAAGCUUCUAUAAACACAGAAUCACAGAAUAUCCUUCAGGUUAGAGAAGACUUUUGAGAUCACUGAAUCCAGCUGUCAAUAAAGCUCACAAAAAGCACAGAAUUUUGCAUGCAUACAAGAAAAAAGCUUUGAGAAUAAUCCUACAGGACUUUCUGAGUUUGCACUACCUCGGUGUUUAUUUAAUUAUUCUAGUAGCACAGUAUUUUUUGAGCAACAUUCAUGUCAUUUGCAUUACAGUGGCUUUAAUGAGUCUUUUCUUUGUCCUGGACAUACUAGCUUGUGGUUAAAAGAAUAAAAAACAACCAAAAAAGAACUCCCUUGAAUUUCAAUAGAUAAAAGAGGAAAGUGGCUCUGGUGGAGAGGUAAAGAAAGAUCAAUUAUUUUUUGAAGGACUUGAUUUUAUUUAUUUAUUUUUAAUUGGACAUGCCCUUUUAACUUAACUGAGUAAGCACUUCCAAAAUGUUUUUUAUAUCACAGAAUCUUGUUAAACGUUUCUUUUAACUGAUGGACUGAUAUUUACCAGUUUUAUGAUAGAUGAAUAGCAUUAACCUUCAUGUUGACUUUAACCAUAAUAGCUUUGCCCUUAUCUACCCAAAGCCUUUUAAAAUGUGGAAAUAAAAUUUCAUCUUCUCUGGGAGGCCAAUAGUUGAAAACAAAUUAAAUUUACCAGUCAAAGGAUGAGUGAUCCCAUAACCUGGCUAACAGAAUGUUUUUAGAGGCCUUGGGACAAGGAGCAGAAAUUCUGCAAGUCUGAGUUUGCUACAAGUUGAAAUUUCCUCAAAACGGUAUAGUCCCAAGUUUCUUGAAAGUCUGCCAACUGCAGACUUUCAUUAAUAUUUCACUUAACAUUUCACUUGUCUAACUCAAGUAAAGAAGUGAUACUGCAUCUGCACUGAUAAACUGUGACACACCGAGUGUACAGACGGGAUAGUUUAACUGGGGAAACUGCUAAAGGUCCUACAGUUUUAUAGCUGGGACUAGAUGUGUUGUCAAGUGGUGUGACUACUUUACUAUGAAUCUUUCUAAAAUUCAUUAUAGCAGAGAUCAUGUUCAGAAAAGACCAUGUUCAGAAGGUGACUCCAAUGCAGUAAUGUAGGAUCUGAUAUCUGCACUGCAAAGGCUGACACAGGGUAUCCCCCGUAGUCUGAUGCAAUAAAUUUUUUCUUACAAAUGCUGUCAAUUUUCCAGUUGGUUAGUUCUUACUUUCGUGCUACAGUCUUUCCAAACCAUCAGUGAUACAGCAUCAUAUGAGUUAAGGAGACAAGAAAAUCAUGAUUCCAAGUUAGAUUUCUAUAAAAUUACUCCUCUGUGAUUACACAUGCAGAGGGCCAAUUAUCACCAAGAUGCGAUUCAAAUAGAUGUAAUUCUACCUGUAUGCUUCAGAGUAUGGAGAACUCACUUGUACUUGAUACAAGCAUUAUUUCAUGUGAUAGGCAUAUGUUGUCACUGAUCCUCAGGGAGAGUUUUCAUCAGGUUUGUUUUUAGCUGAAGUGCCAUGGAAAUACUAAAGCUAACUAAUUUUUCUUUCAGAAUGUUCCAGUUAUUUCCGUACCAGCUCUUUCAGAGCAGAAACAUACGCUUUUAAACUGGAUUACAUUAAAUUGCUUAGAUAAUAAACAUUAUGUAGUUCAGAUCUUAUUGUGUCUAAUAAAGAAAUCCUACCAUUA